CAAACAAACACAAGCAAGGCAGCAGAACACCGACACCGCAGCCAGCGAGCGAGAGCAAGCGAGAGCAAGCACGAUGGCGGUGUUUGGAUUGAGCUUGGUGGAGGCUGGGUUGACGGUUGGCCCUUUGCUUGGCGGAUUCGCCAGUGCUUUCCACACCCGAGGGGAGACCAAGACAUGGUACAAGACGAUCCAGCUUCCCUGGUUCACUCCUCCCUCAUGGGUGUUCCCACCGGUGUGGUCGUCCCUGUACCUUGGCAUGGGCUAUGCCUCGUGCCUGGUGCUCAAGGAGAGCGAGGGUGAUUUUGCACGACACUCGCUUGCUUGGGGCCUUUAUGCCUCACAGCUGGCACUGAACCUCUCUUGGUCCACGAUCUUCUUCAAGAAGCACCAGAUUGCGUAUGGCCUGGCAAACGUGUGUGUGCAGCUGCCGCUGGCUGCGUGGUGCGCGUUGGAGUUCCGGCGCAUUGUUCCCAAGACGGCGCUGUUCAUGAGCCCGCUCAUUGCGUGGCUCUCCGUUGCCGCAAUCAUCAACUAUGAGGUCUGGCGCCUCAACCCCAACAGGCGCUACGGCGAACCCCCUGCCAACAAGUCUGCCUGAG